AUGAAUACUUCCUUACACUGGGUCCCGAGGUUUCUUUUGUUUGGAGCAGAGGUCCAUGGAAUCUCGGCAAGGUCUUGUUUUUUCUCAUUCGAUACUCGACAUUUGUCUCUACCAGCCUGGUAUUCUAUGGUCUGUGCGCCACAUUCUUCCCGCUCACCUAGCUUAUGGCGGUCUUUUAUUGCCCUAGUGAACACGUCCCGGUCCAUUUCCCUCCCAACAUGUCCAUUCUGGCUGGACGCUGGAUUGUACGGAAAUAUUUUUGUCGUUAUCCUAGUUGAAUUCAUACUUGGGUUGAGAGUAUGGGCACUUUGGGGAAGAAGCAAGAGGGUCGCCAUAUGUCUAAUGGCCACGUUCUUCGGUUUAACAGCCUUUGGCCUGUAUAAGGUCAUUACAAUACGGGAAACGCAGACCACUUUUAGCAUUGAAUACUUCCGAAUAUCAGGACAGUGCCCGCCACGAUUCAGCGGUGUCGAUGGGCUUUCUGGCAGCAACGCCCUAACCUCCGGUUUCAUAAUCCUUGUGCUAUAUGAAUUGGUCGUCCUCAUUUUGACCUUGCUAAAAGCCUCCAAUCAAGGCUGGCUGGGACCUCAUGGCUCCGAAUCACGUUUUAUCAAUGGGUUCCUCUCGCAAGGAGUGGCUUACAAUUGCUUGAUAUUGGUGGGCUCUACGAUCAAUAUAAUCGCUAGAUAUAAGCUACCCUCUGCAUACGUCAAUCUGUUUACAGAUCUUCAGCCCGUAAUUCACACCGUGUUAACAUCUCGGAUGAUGUUCUAUCUCAGAAAGAAUGCUUUUGACCACGAAACCCCCGCCAGCGAUAUAUUGACGGGAAUAGUUGGAUUUAAUCCCAGCCUUCCACUCGUACGUCCGCCAACGGAGUCGUGUCCACAAAUGAGUGUUUUGGAUCUAGGGAGCCCGCUCGGUGUUUGGGAGCACACAAAUUGGAAACAGGAGGAUUCCGUAUAA